AUGGCGCCCCAAUUAAGCGAAGAUGAAAUCGACGACCUUUUGUAUGCCGCGCGGACAGGCGACAAUGAUGAGCUGACGACCCUGCUCUCAUCGUUGGCUGAGCGGGAAAAGGUGUCGCCUGCCGAGAUUCUCACAAGCGCAAAAGACGAGGGGAAGUCGACUUGCCUGCAUAUGGCGACCGGGAAUGGCCAUCUUGAAACAGUCAACCUCCUCCUAUCCCACCUCCCCGCCAACAACACCGCCCAAAAACAAGCCUACCUCGACGCGCCCAACGCCUACGGCAACACGGGCCUGCAUUGGGCGGCGCUCGGCGGACACCUGAGCGUGGUGCGGGCGCUGGUGGAGGCGGGGGCGUCGGUGGCGGCGGCCAACGACAAGAACUACAUCCCGCUGGACGUGGCGGGGUUUGCGGAGAAGGGGGAGGUGGUGGAUUAUUUUUUGGCGGCGUCGGCGAAACGAGGAGGGGGGAGGAGGGGGCAGGGAAGGAGGGGGGCAGGGAAGGGAGGGGGAGGCUGGGGGGGUUGGUUAAAGGGGGUGGAGGAGGUGAGUGUAGAUGAUGGGGAGGGGGAGGAGGAUGGGGAGGAGGAGGUGGUGGCUAUGAGGGCGGGGGAGGUGGAUGGGGAGGGGGAGAAGGGGAAGGGGGAGGGGGAGGCGGGUAAGGCGGCGCAGGCGUGA